AUCCCCCGCCCUCCCAACGCUUUCAUGCUCUACCGCUCUCACCUCCUGAAGACUGGCAAGAUCCCGAAGGAGUUCGAGCAUCGCCAGCAGAACAUCAGCCGAGUCGCCGGUGAGUGCUGGAACAUGCUCAGCAUGGACGAGAAGGCGGUGUGGCACGCCGAGGCACGCAACGCGCUCGAGCUGCACAAGCUCCGUCACCCCGACUACAAGUUCGCUCCC